CUGCCUGCCUGCCUCCCCGCCCCUCGCACUCGGCUCCCCGCUCCUCGCCGCCCGCACACCGGGGCCGGAGCGCCGGUCGCAGCGCGGGGCCGGGGCGGGGCGGGGGGGGGGGGGCCGGUGCCGGGGCCGGUGCCGGUGCCGGUGCCGGUACCGGAGCUGUCCAGUGCUGAGGCCGCCGGCCCGGCCCCGCCAUGCCCCGCUCCUUCCUGGUGAAGAAGCUGAAGGCGGAGGCUUUCCCGGCUGCCGGGGCCCCCCCGCCCCCCUACGCCCCCCUGGAACCCCCCUACGCGCUGCCCGGCCCCGCCGCCGGCGAUGGGUACCUCCAGCACUGCCUGGCACCCGCCGGCUACGACACCGACAAGAAGCAAGGUCUGCCGCCGCCGCCGCCGGACCCAGCCUAUGCGCCCGGCCAUGAGGAGUACAGCGACCCCGAGAGCCCCCAGUCCAGCUUUUCCGCCCGCUACUUCAACGGGGAGGCGGCAGUGACGGACAGCUACUCCAUGGACGCCUUCUUCAUCACGGACGGGCGGUCGCGCCGGCGCAGCGAGAGCCAGCGUCGUGGCAGCCACCGUCACUCCUGCCCCGAGUGUGGCAAGACCUACGCCACCUCCUCCAACCUCAGCCGGCACAAGCAGACCCACCGCAGCCUGGACAGCAAGAUGGCGAGGAAAUGCCCGACGUGCGGCAAGGCUUACGUCUCCAUGCCCGCCCUGGCCAUGCACGUCCUCACCCACAACCUCAAGCACAAGUGCGACGUGUGCGGCAAAGCCUUCAGCCGGCCGUGGCUGCUGCAGGGCCACAUGCGCUCGCACACCGGGGAGAAGCCCUUCGGCUGCUCCCACUGCGGCAAAGCCUUCGCCGACCGCUCCAACCUGCGCGCCCACAUGCAGACCCACUCCGCCUUCAAGCACUACAAGUGCAAGCAGUGCGAGAAGACCUUCGCCCUCAAGUCGUACCUCAACAAGCACUACGAGUCCGCCUGCUUCAAGGGCUCCGAACACAGCUGUGCAAUAGGGAACUAGCCCCCCCACUUCCACCCCCCAGCCCCCUGUGGUGCAUCCCCAUCCCAUCCCCAUCCUCAUCCCCAUCCCCAUCUCAGUCCCGGUCCCCGCUCCGGCACUCCUGCAGCUGCAGCCGGCCGGUUUUGUGGCUGUGCCGUGGCUGGAGGACACAUCCCCGCAGACUCACUCCCCACCCGGGAGGAGGGUGCCCCAGCACUCCCUGGGAAGGGCUGGAUCCGGCCGGGCCCGCAGCGGGACCCGGCUCCUCGCCCGUGGGUCCCCGAGCCCCCCCGCAGCCAGGCAGGUCUCUCUGCGGGGGUCUCGCCUGGGGACCUCUUCCAAACCCAGGACUUUCCUCCCCCAGCUCGUGACUUUCACCUCUAUUUAUUUAUUUAUUACUAUUAUUUAUUUAGAGCUGCUGCUUCUCCUCCUGGGGGAUCCCAGGGGAGAAAAGACACUUUUCUGCUCCCCCCAGGAGCAAAACCUCACCUUGACCCUAACACUGAUGGGACCACGGGCUGGUGCUACUGGCGGCUCAGCGGGACUACCGGAUGGUGCGGCUGACGGGAGGGAAGGGGUGUCAGUCCCCGGCGGAGGUUGGGGUCCCUGCAGCUGGCCCCCCGGGCUCUGGGGCACCCUGAUGCCCCCCUGCCCGGCACGGUCCCAUGGGACACAGCCCCGUGGCACAGUGCUCACCCUGGCACUGUGGCUCUGCAGCCCCGGAGUCAGGGGACGAGCGAGGGGCUCCCAGCAGAGACCCACAGGACACGGCCCCUGCCAGCUCCCGGCUUGACCAGGCACGACUGGCCCCCGCCACGGUGAUGGGCUGGGGGACAGCCCCCCCCCGGGCAGGUGCAGCCCCCCUCGCCGUGCGAACGGCCAGGCUGGAAGCUGGGCUGGAGACCCAGCCCUGGGGCAGCACCCAAACCCCCAGCUGCCCCCCCCACACCCCCAGCCUCUGCCCAGCCCCCUCCCCGGCUGGCUCCCAGCCCCCUCGCCAUCACCCCCCGCCUGCGCUCAGGAGGAGGGGGGUCAGUGUAGCCGUAAAGUUUGGGUGAGUUUAUUUAAAUGUUCCUAUUUAUAUUAUUUAUAACUUAUGCUUUUCACUAUUUAUUUGCCAAGACUGGCAGGGCCGUGCCAGCGCUGGCUUGCAGGAGGUGGCAGAGCUGCAGCAGGAGCCGCCGUGCCCAGGACACAGCCGCGGUGACACGGACGGGGGACAGGACCCCGAGAGCGGGCACAGAGGCAGGAGGGCACGAGCUGGCCCAGCAGCCCGGGCUCCGUGCCCCCCGCAAGCCUCCCUCAAAGGCAAAGCCCUUCUUCUUCGUCUUCCUCGCUGCCGCAGGCUCCUGCUCUGCUCCCUGCCCCGCGCCAGCCCGGCGGGGACAAACCAGCCAUUCUAUGCAACCUCCCGGCGGAGCAUCCCCGCGCCGGCCCCGGAGCGAGCGCCGCGCGUGCAGCAUCCCGGAGCGGGGCCCGACCCGCGCCUCCGCUUCCUACCUCGGGCCGCGAGCUGCCACGGCCCCAUCACCCCGUGCCGGUCCCCGACACCUCGGGGGUUCAGCCCGGCACCCCACGGGGCCGCCCUCGCGUACCCCCCACACCGUCUUCCUGUACCGUCUUCCUCCCUGCCACCGUCGUCUUCCUCCCACCGCCUCGGCGCCCGCGUUGCGGCGGCUCGCGGGCUCGACGCCUCCCGGGGACGUCCCCGUCACGGUCCUCGCUGCCGGGGCACGGUGGCACCCGCACCCCACGCAGGGGAAGAGCAUCGCCCCGGCCACGCAGGCACCCCACCGGCGAGUACGCAGCAGUCCAGGCUUCCCCGGCGACGCCGGCGCCUUGCCGCGGCAGCACCGCGUCCCUCGGCCGGGCAGGCACAGAACGCCGCGCCUCUGCCCCUGUCUAUACUGUAAAUAGCAGAUACUACAGCAAUAAUUUUCCGUGCAUGAUAGAUUUUUUUCUGCCAGGUUUUGUACUCGCCAGCCCCCAGUAAGACAAGUCUACUGAGAACCGGCCGCCCGCAGUAUUACUUGUAACGCAAUUCAGGGAUAUAAAAGGGAUUUCUGCCACUAA